AUGAGCUUCCAGGGAGAGGGUGAAGGGAUCCCUUACGAUCUCCACCUUGACAAAUUAAUAGCACGACUAAAGGGAGGCAUUGAUAGACCCGGUGAACUUAUCCCCAUCGAACAGGAGGAAUGUAUAGCUCUGUGCUCUCUUGUAACCCCGAUUAUUGAGAAAGAACCAAUGCUUCUUGAAUUAGACGCUCCACUCAAGGUUUGCGGAGACUUACAUGGACAGUUUUAUGACCUACUGAGGCUGUUAGAGCUUUGUAAUCAUCCUCCUCAGUCCAGAUACCUUUUCCUUGGUGACUAUGUCGAUCGUGGACCACAGUCAAUAGAAAUACUUUGUCUCCUCUUUGCAUACAAAAUCAAGUAUCCAGAUCAUAUUUACCUCCUUCGGGGCAACCACGAGAUCGGUCUGGUAAACCGAGUCUAUGGUUUUCGGGAAGAAAUAAGAAACCGUUACGGGAGAACAAAACUGCGACAGAACUUUUUACAGGUCUUCAAUGUUUUACCCAUUGCUGCAAUUGUUGAAAAGAGCAUAUUCUGCUGUCACGGUGGGCUUUCACCCCAAUUUCUGGAGGACCAUGUCUCCAGCCUGAUCGACCUAUUAAAUUCGAUCGCAAGACCGACAGACGUCCCACGUGAAGGCUUCCUCUGUGACCUUGUCUGGGCAGACCCGGCGGAUAUGCCUAUGAACGGAGACGACCCAGUGGGCUGGCAGUCCAGUCCCCGAGGUUGUUCAUGGCACUUUGGUUACGACGUAAUUGACCAGUUCUUGGACAAAUUCGGUCUAGACCUGAUUGUUCGGGGACACCAGGUGGUUGAAGACGGCUACGAAUUUUACCACGAUCGAAAGUUAAUCACUGUUUUUUCAGCCCCCAAUUACUGCAACCAGUUUGACAACGCAGGCGGUGUGUUCGUUAUUCGACGCGAAGAUAACACACCCAGUGUGCUAGAAGGCGGCUUCCAAGUCAUAAAGCCGGAUAAACAUCGCAUCUGGAGUGUCUACGGAAAGGAUACAUCGGCAGAUGACGAUGACUAG